AAAAAAAUAGUAUAUAAGGCAGUGAUGAUGAAAUUUCUAAUGGUGAAACGUUUAUCACGUGCAGAUUUAUUUCUCUUACUAUAAAUUCAAGUGACGGAAUUCUGACGAAUCAGUGCUAGUCUCCCAACUAAGCAAGCUGCAGUAAGUUAAAAAGACACUACACUCCAGAGCAACGAACUUCAGCCAACGAAGAAGGACAACGCUUGACAAAAUGAUGAAGUUCGCAACAAGUUUCAUCAUCGUCCUGACACUAGUGGUCACAGCAAAGUCCGAUCUAGAGGAUCCUCACGACUUCUUCAGACCAACGCUUUCACGUGCAAAUAUGUUGGCUAGCGGUAUGGUAGUUGACAAUUCCGCUGUGCCUGUGGAGGAACUCGACCCGAACUUUUGGCGCAAAUCGGCCAAUGACGAAAUUAGCAAACGUUUGGCCGACAAACUUAAUACUAACAAAGCUAAGAAUGUCAUCUUUUUCCUUGGUGAUGGCAUGUCUCUGACCACGGUUACCUCGGCGCGUAUACUUAAGGGACAGCGUGAAGGUAAACCGGGUGAGGAGUCGCAACUGAGCUUUGAGAAAUUCCCGUACACCGGUUUGAGCAGAACCUAUUGUGCUAAUGUUCAAGUACCUGAUUCGGCUUGUACCUCGACUGCAUACCUCACAGGCGUUAAAACCAAUGUCCUGUCAUUAGGUAUUGGCCCAAAUGUGACCUAUAACGACUGUGAGGGUGCUAUGGAUCCAGCUAAUGAUCUUACAUCCCUCUACGAUUGGGCACAGGCAGCUGGUAAAUCUACCGGUUUCAUCACUACAACCACAUUGACGCAUGCCAGCCCCAGCGGCGGUUAUGCGCACGUCUCGAAUCGUAUGUGGGAAUGUGAUACCGAUGUACGCACCUAUCUCGAUGACGAUUACACAUCAGAUUGCAUUGAUAUUGCCACACAGCUGGUUACUGAAGAACCGGGACGUAAAUUGGAUUUCAUAAUGGGUGGUGGUAUUGGUAAAUUUUUACCAAAAACGAUGAUCGAUCCGUUCGGUAAACCCGGUGAACGUUCGGAUGGUAAGAAUUUGCUCUCCGAAUGGCAACGCCGACAUGAAGGUGGCGUUUUCGUCAGCAGUCGCAAACAGAUGAACGCAAUCAAUAUUGAAAAAACCACCAGCGUUUUGGGUAUCUUCCAAUCGAAAUUGAUGAAUUACCAUCUUCAUGCUACCGAAAGUGAGCCCACCUUAUCCGAAAUGACCGAAACAGCAAUUAAGUUUUUGAGCAAGAACAAGAAUGGUUACUUCGUUUUCAUUGAGGGUGGUCUCAUCGAUUACGGUAAUCACGCAAAUAAGCCUGGUCUCAGUCUUGAUGAGACUUUGGAAUUCGCAAAGGCUGUAGAGUUGGCGCGUAAUAUAACAGAUCCCGCAGAUACACUCAUCGUCGUUACCGCCGAUCACGCCCAUCCACUCAGCAUCUCUGGUUAUCCCGAACGUGGCAAUGAUAUUUUGAAUAUCAACAAAAUCGGCUAUGACAGGAACGGUGUACACUAUGCCACACUCAACUAUGCAGCUGGUCCUCAGCAAUAUUUGGAUGAGUAUGGCGAUCGCAUCGAAUUAGAGGGUCAAUUCGGAGAUCCAGAUUUCGUCUUCCCCAGUUAUAUUAGCGUUAACGAUGGUGUGCAUGGUGGUGAUGAUGUGGGCAUAUUCGCUUCCGGCCCUUGGGAGCAUCUCUUCCGCGGUGUACUCCAACAGAAUACUCUGCCACAUAUGAUGGCUUAUGCCGCCUGUAUUGGUGAUGGCGCUAAAGCUUGCGAUUAAGUUCUAAGCAACCAAGCCGUUUUAAAUAUAUGCAAACAUAUACACAUAUAGCAUACAUACAUUUAAUGAUAAAAAACAACAAACGUCCGUUUAUGAUAAACGUCCGCCCAGAAACUCGUUUAAUCGCAAGUCAACUUAGUGCUAAGCAUGCUAAUUCUGUCGGCUGGAGAUAACACUCUGUUCUUGUAUGCAUGUGCUAUAUUUAAAUAAAGAGAUUAAAAAGUAACA